AUGUGUUCUCUCAAACUCUCUCUCCCAAACUCUCAAACUCUCUCACACCACACACACUCUCACUCUCUCUCUCUCUCUCUCAAACUCUCACUCUCAAACUCUCUCUCUCACUCUCUCUCUCUCUCAAACUCUCUCUCUCUAACUCUCUCUCUCUCACUCUCUCUCUCUCACUCUCUCUCACUCUCUCUCUCUCUCAAACUCUCUCUUUCGCGAAUCAACAUCAAAACAGCAUCUGGGUGGCCCUCGGAUGACGACUCGGACCAAGGACCCGCGGACAGGGACUUGGGUCUGGCGCGAGAGGAAUUGGUGGGUGGUCGAACCAACAUGAGCACCACGGAGCGGGGGCGAAUCUACGAGGAACAUGUCCAAGCGUGCUUGCAGCCCCUCUUUCAGCUCGAUUUUGAGCGCAUUGGCGGGGCCGGUGACCGAGGCAUUGAUCUGCACGCCGUCUGGCGCCGCCACGGAGCUGAAGUCAUUGUCCAGUGCAAGCAUUUUGCCAAACCCUUGGCACCAGAGCAAGUGCGGGAAAUCAUGGGAAUGAUGGCAGUCCAGGCUUCCCUCAGGACCAACGUCAAGCUUCUUGGGGUCGUGGCCGCCUCCAAUGGGCAGCACUCAAAGAGCUUAAAAGCAACACGAUUGCCCUCUGCCUCCUCCAUCUACCCCUCAACCAUCAUGAACCAGAGCAAUGCUGACAAAACUCCCGAUGGAAGCCGCCUGGAUCAAAGACCCCUCAUCGACAAACACAUUCUCCCCAAUGGACAGCGGCAGAAAGGUCAGGGGCCUAGACAAGCAAAGGCAGCCAAAAGUAACGGUGAGGACGAACAAAGAUCCUGCUUCGGGGAGAACAUCUCCGUAACGCAGCUGAGCUGGCGAUGCAUCGACCAACCGUUGAACGCGAAUGUUGGCCAGGUCGCCUCGGAUGACACAAUCUUCCUCCACGACGGUCUGACCCAGACAGACGGUUUGCAGAGAGCAGCAAGAGGAGGACCAGUGUCGGGUAAGGCACAGCAACCCGGCGCCCGAUCCUAUCCCCACCCCCCGCUAUACCACUACAACCCCGCCACAAAGCCUUGCACCGGCCCGACAGUCACAGUCCCACGCUGUGCGAUCGCCGCAAUGCGCCGUAUCACUGGUAAACGACCGGCUCUGCCUGCCAAAUGCCUCUCUCUCUCCCUCUCUCUCUCGAGCUCUCUCUCUCUCAAGCCUCAAGCUCUCUCUCUCUCUCGCAAGCUCUCUCUCUCAAGCUUUCUCUCUCAAGCUUUCUCUCUCAAGCUCUCUCUCUCAAGCUCUCUCAAUCUCUCUCUCUUCUCUCUCUCUCUCUUCUCUCUCGGAAGUUGUACUUGA